AUGCUUCAAAGAUUUGGAUCUUUAUUUAAAAAACCAAGCUUUUUAGAUAUUAAAUGGUUCAUUCAGUGUAAAACAUUUCAACACCUAAGUUUAAAUAAAGUAAAAUGCUACAAUGAAUCAAAUAGAAAUACUUUGAAUUUCCGAUUAAGAGAUUAUCAAAGAGAAGCAGUUAAUACGUGUGUAAAAUAUGUAACGUCAGGACAUGUAAAACGAAUUGGUGUCUCAUUAGCUACAGGUGGUGGAAAAACUGUUAUAUUCUCUCAUCUAAUUGACAAAUUGAAUCAAAUGAAGUUGAAACAAAAAUCAAAUGACCAAACUUUUAGACGUUUCAAGACCUUAAUACUUGUACAUAGAAGGGAACUAGCAUUUCAAGCUCUGAAUACAAUUAGACAUUUUAAUCCAACAACUAAUGUUCAGUUAGAAAUGUCCCAACAUCAUGCUAACGUAGGAGAGGCAGAUACAAUUAUUGCAUCUGUACUAUCUCUCGUACAAAGGUUAGACAAAUAUGAUCCAAAUAAUAUUGAUUUAAUUAUUGUAGAUGAAGCACAUCAUAUUGUGGCAGACACAUAUAUGAAGAUUCUUAAACAUUUCCAUGCAGCUAAUGAAAAAUCAAGGAUUCCAGUUAUUGGAUUUAGUGCUACUUUUGAAAGAGCAGAUAAAAAAGCACUCUCUCAAGCAUUAGACGAAAUUGUUUAUCAUAAAGGUGUUAUGGAAAUGAUUGACGAAAAAUGGCUUUGUGAAGGAAGAUUCACUAAUGUCAAAAUAUCUAUUAACCUAGAUAAUGUUAAAAAAAACAACUCUGAUUUUGUUCUAAAAAGUCUUUCUUCUGUAGUUAACACGCCUGAGACAAACGACAUAAUUAUCGAGACCUAUCUACGUAUGAGAUUACAACAUAAUAUUAAAUCAACAUUGGUAUUUGGUGUAGAUAAAAAUCAUGUUAAGACAUUAAAUAAAGUUUUUUUACAAAGGGGAGUAAAAUCUGAUUAUAUUACAUCUGAUACCAAAUCGCUAGACCGAGAUAAUAUUAUGAAAGCUUUUAAAAAUGGUGAAUGUGAAGUACUAAUAAAUUGUGGUAUCCUCACAGAGGGGACUGAUAUUCCGAAUAUUGAUUGUAUUCUAUUGUGCCGUCCCACUUGUUCUCGACCAUUAUUAAUUCAGAUGAUUGGAAGAGGGCUAAGGUUACAUAAGGGAAAAAAACACUGUCAUAUAGUAGACUUUGUUAAUGCAUCCAAUGUCGGAGUAAUAUCUAUUCCAACUUUAUUUGGAAUAACUGAAGCAAAUGUUCCAAUCAAUGAUAUGACUAUCAGUCAGAUGGAAAGUUUGAAGAAAUCUAUCGAGGCGAGAAAAAUAGAAGCAAAAAGAUGUCAAGAAGCUGAACAAGCAGCUAAGCAAUUGGAGGAAAUGAAAAAGGAAGAUCUCAAACAAAUAACUCUAUUAAAAGAAUAUCAAAAAUACAUUAAAUCUGCUAAUGUGACUUUAUUAUCUUAUGAUUCUUUUAAAGAUUAUUAUCUUGGAAAACAUAAAAAUAUUUUUGACAAAAUUUUAAGAAAAAAUCAUAAAUCUGGGUUUAAUUUUGAACAAGAAUCACAGUUUUUCGAGAAAUGUAAGUAUCAAUGGACUCAAAUUAAUUCAGAUAGUUGGGCUUUGCCUUUACAACAUAGAUAUUUACGGAUAGAUAGAACCAAAAAUCCACAGCAUUAUAUUUUGAAAAUAUACACUAAGAUACCUUCUGGCGUCAAUAAUGACAUAAGUAAAUGGUUUAGUAAAGGUAAACCAUUCAUAAGUAAUUUACCUACUAUUUUAAAAGAAGUUGAGGAAAUUGUUACGAGUGUGCAGAGACAACAUAGUAGAUUUGACACAAGAUUUAAAAGAAGAAUUCCAUACAUCGACUAUUCCAAAAAUUCUAGAUGGAGAAGACAGCCAGCGACCUCAAAACAACUCACAUAUCUUAGGAAAAAGUUUAAUGAAGUUUACAGAAAACACAAAUCUGAGUUUCCUCAAUUAGAUCAAUCUUUGAUAGACUCAUACCUAAAGAAGCUAUUAAGAGGAGCUGCAGCUGAUCUUACCUUUGCUACAACUAUUGCUCCUAUAUACCCAGUAAAAUCGUUAUUAAAAUUGAUAAAUUUUGGUACUACCAUGAAAACAGACCAAUUUACUUAG